GGUUUAUUCUUUUAUGAUGAGACGAUCAUCAUCAUGUGUGCUUUCCUCGGCAAAAAAAGCGCAACCAUCAGAGAAGAGCAAAAGAAAUGAUCAUGUUUAUUUCAUCACACCUGGGCUUUGUUCCUGAUCUGGCUCCACUUGCAAAAACGCAAUAAUCAUGAAGGCAAUGCGAGCGCACCUAUUUGGUGUUUUCCGAAACUGAACGACUUAGUUUGCGCACUUAUUUUCUCCAAUUUUCUUUUGCUUUGCCUUUGCCUCACCUUAGUUUACGUAACUACUCCCAGCUUCUCGCAAACAAGAUGCCGGCCCACUCCGUUCUGCUGGCUACGGAAAAGCCUUUCGCCGGCCCGGCGGUGGCCCAGAUCGACGAUGUGCUGAAGCAUGCGGGUUACACGCUGGAAAAGUUGGAAAACUACAAGGAUGUGGGAGAGCUCAAAACCGCAUUGGCAAAGUCCGAAGCUGCGAUCGUGAGGUCCGACAAAAUGACGGCCGAAAUUAUGGACGCCUGCAAGGAUUCGCUGAAGCUCAUCGUCCGGGCGGGAGCCGGGGUCGACACGAUUGACCUAAAUGCGGCGACCGAAAGAGGUAAAUAGAGGCGAAAAGAAGUAGUGCUUGCUAAUGCCAUGUGCUGUGGCAAAAGGACCAGCGACUUCGGCACGGUUUCUUUCAAUUAUUGCAACAGAGCUGGUCCAUCACGAGCGCGCUGCUGAUAAAUUUUUAGCUGCACCAGACAGAGGUACGAAAAAUGUUUCAAGGUAUGGUCGUUAUGAAUACACCGGGGCAGAACUCGAAUGCGGUGGCUGAGCUUGCCUUUGGCAUGAUGAUCACACAAAUCAGAAACCACUACGACGGAAGCUCUGGCUACGAGUUGAAGGUAAGAAGGAGGGGCGAAGGGUGUUUUUUGUUUAAAGGCAUUAAGAUCAUCUUCAGGGUGCAUGCUAUUUUUUAUGUGGAGUCCUCGCUGCUGUUGCCUUGGCUGCUGAUUAGUACCGUGCUGCGCCAGCUUUUGAUAAAGAGAAAACUCUCCAAUUUAUUCAGGGCAAGACGCUGGCCCUGCACGGGUUCGGGCAGGUAGCGAGGAACAUGUUCCGAUUGGCGAAGGGCUUCGAAUAUCCUGUGUAAAAACGUCCCCACACCAGAGUCAACAUGGGAAAUCUGCUAAACAAAUCCCACAGCUUUGAUUGCUGCGCAUGACAAAUUUGGACGCGUAGUGUAGUGCUGUUUGAGCUAGUUCAGCAGCAUUACAGGUCUAGUAGCUCAUGCUGAUUGGAGCAUGACAAAUUUCAAAACCGCAUUAGAAAAUGCUUCUCGUGGGGCUCCGCAUGAGAAACAUUUUAAGCAUGCAGAGUUGCAUGACAACUAUGGUGUGGGGACGUUUUUACACAGGAUAUCGAAAUGAAAGUGCUGGCAUACGACCCUUUUUUGAAGAAGGAAGACAUUGAAAGUGCCGGCGCAGUGCCAGUGGGGUCGGUAUCGGACUUUUGGUCACAAGAAACGCAAGAUUGUCUGUGUUUUUCCUUGCGCAAUAAAUCUUCUUGUUCUUUGUAUCAGGAUCAGACGCAGAAAAAAUGGUCGCGCGCCGCGCACGACAGCAAAUAGGGACCUGCUAAAAAGUACAGCCGGGUCAUAAUUAUCAUAUCAGGUAGCAGAACUUUUCGACGCGAACUUUGUUUCCCUCCACAUUCCCUGCACUCCGGAAACGAAGGAAUCGAUUGGAAAGGAUUUCCUGCUAAAAAUGCCAAAGAACGGGGUUUUGGUCAAUACCGCUCGAGCCGAGGUUGUCCACGAAGCAGGACUGCUGGAGGCGUUCGCGGAACGUACUUGAAACCUAGCAAUUCAUUGUGUUUACUUUGCACUUUUCUUCAUCGCUGUACGCGCUUACACUUAGCAGAGUGGCAGCUGGUGAUGCAGAAAAGUAUGAAAUAGGUUUUCUUUUGCAGCAGAUUCGAAUCAAUAUUGUGUCUGAUUGUUUCCUCUAUCAGGUGCUGAUCUUUCCUACAUCUCUGACGUCGCCCCAACCUUUGACAUGGAACAACUCAACGCUAGCAAGAAGAGGUGUUUUGUCACCAAAAAGAAGAUGGGAGCGCAGACGUCGGAGGCAAACAACAACGCCGGCAUCGCUGCGGCUAAGCAAAUCGUGGACUUCUUUGAAAAAGGCGACGUGCGCUUUCAGGUCAACAAGCCGGGGCAAACAUUUUGAUUUGAUGGUUCUGCAGAGACGGACGUAAUUUUUAUCGGGAACAAGGCGAUUCUCGAAAGGAUUCGACACAAGAGCGUGCUACGGUGUCAGGACAUCAACAAAAGACGACAAUCGACUGAAGUCUAGACGAGGAAGUACGGUAUGCUACAUCAUCGCAGUUUUUCAUGGAUGCGGACUUAGUUUUGACCUAGAAUUUGAAAUCACUGUUGGUGUCAUCUGCCCGAGCAGCAAGCACCAGACAUACAACCCGUUCUGAGUGAUAUGUCUCCGGUCACGUCGUGUUCUGAAUAAUUCGAUUACGAUUGACUAUCUCCAUCCGAGAGUCGUCUUUGCCUUGGAUGUCAUCAAAACAUUUAGAGCGUGUACAUCGCAGCCGCAGG